CCCCGCCGGCACCCAGGCGCCCCCCACCUGCCCAGCCCGGCCCGCCGCCCCGGGGAGCCGGCCGGCCUGGGGAUCGCUCCCGGGGGGAGGGCAGUUUCGGGGUCCCGGGCGGGGGAGUCGGGAGCCAGAGGGGAGAGGGCGGCGGGUUUUCAUGUGCCCAGCAUGAGCUCCUACUUCGUCAACCCCCUGUUCUCCAAGUACAAAGGCGGCGAGUCCCUGGAGCCGGCCUAUUACGACUGCCGCUUCCCGCAGAGCGUGGGCCGGAGCCAUGCGCUGGUGUACGGGCCCGGCGGCUCGGCGCCCGGCUUCCAGCACGCCUCGCACCACGUCCAAGACUUCUUCCACCACGGCACCUCGGGCAUCUCCAACUCGGGCUACCAGCAGAACCCGUGCUCGCUGAGCUGCCACGGAGACGCCUCCAAAUUCUAUGGCUACGAGGCGCUCCCCAGACAGUCCCUUUAUGGGGCUCAGCAAGAGGCGAGCGUGGUGCAAUAUCCCGACUGUAAAUCCUCCGCCAACACUAACAGUAGCGAAGGACAAGGCCACUUAAAUCAAAACUCGUCUCCCAGCCUCAUGUUUCCAUGGAUGAGACCCCACGCUCCGGGGCGGCGCAGCGGAAGGCAAACUUACAGCCGGUAUCAGACCUUGGAACUAGAAAAGGAGUUUCUCUUUAAUCCUUAUUUGACACGAAAGCGCCGGAUUGAAGUCUCUCACGCCCUGGGACUGACUGAGAGACAAGUGAAGAUCUGGUUCCAGAACCGAAGGAUGAAGUGGAAAAAGGAGAACAACAAGGAUAAACUGCCGGGAGCCCGAGACGAGGAGAAGGUGGAGGAAGAAGGAAAUGAGGAAGAGGAGAAAGAAGAGGAGGAAAAGGAAGAAAACAAGGACUGAGCAAAAAAGAGAGGACCCCCCCCUUUAGCAACUCCCUUGAAGUUUUGUUUUAUGGUAGCGGAUAAAUUGAGAAGUUUACGACUGUCAUUUGCUUUUAUAGAGAAUAGAAUGACACUCAAAACCCCAACUACCUGUCAGAUACUUGCAGCUCGGGUUUUAUUACCUUUGGACUUACCCGGAUCUUUAUUUGUUUGGGGACUGGAGGGGGGAGACCGAGACACAGCGAAAAGUUCUCUGUCUCAGUCGUUGCCCCAACACACACACUUGUCCGUCCCCCCCCACUUCUUAGUCCUGCCUGGAUUUUAAGGUCUGAGACCUGGCGUCUUUGCCCUUUCUCCCGGCCCCGUCUUGCCACCCUGCCACCUCCCUGCUUCUCUGGUAUUUAUUUUAGAGGGGAACCCCCUCAAACUGCAGAAGAAGACUCGUGGCGGCUUUGUUUUCAAGCUAGGAUUAGUGUAUUAGAUUGACUUUUUUUUUCCCCCCAAAGGACAGAAGAUUGAAGGAAGGAAGGAAAAGAAAGGGAAGAUGUUCAAAGACACUAUUUAAAUGAUAACGAGGAAUAUCCCCUCCUCCUCCCUGGGGCUCCCCGCUUAGAAAGACUCCCUUGACUUUCUCUAGGAACCUGAUGGAAACCUGAAGCAGAUGGGGGUCUCCCCCUCCCCCUCCCUUUCCACGGGUAGAUAGGAGCCUGCAGCCACCCGCUAAGAUCCUACCUAGCCAUCCCAUGGUCACUCGGGCCCAUGCCUUCCUCCCCUUUCCUGUCUAAUUUCUGUUGUUGGGCCCAGCUUCCUCUGAGCUGCAUUGGUGAGCGCUCAGAAAUCACCAUAAUCAUGAAAAUAAUACUAAUACUACUACUACUAAUAAUAAUAGUGAUAAUAAAUCUUUAACAUACUACCUAAAGGGAACCUGCAAUAACCUUGAACAAAAUAAAAGAGAGAAAUUUUUAAAAAUCCUAAUAUGGGAGAAAAAAAGAGAAAAAAAUUAAAAUAAAAAAAAGAAAGAAACCUCCAACGUACUUUAUCACUACCUAUAGGAAGAAAUCCCGCUUUGAGAGUAUUUGUAAUGCAGUUUUGUUGUCGUUUGUUGCUGCUUAUUUCAAUAAGAAAAACCCAACAACUGAGACUGCCUAGCCCGCCGGUCCUGUGCGCUUUUAUUGUGCUUCUAACCCCAGUAGAGUAGAACUAAAUUGCACUGAAUGUAUAGUUAACUCUGUCUUGAAUUCUCUGUUUAUGCAAUGUGCUCGAGAGAAAAAAAAACGUUAAAAUAUAUCUAUAAUAAUAAUUUUUCGUCAUUUGUCUUUAUGUCCAGCUAUGAAUGUAGAUUUUGUGUCCCAGCAGCCCUGUUUCUGGUCCAAGUACUUUGUAUUGUAUACGUGAGUCAUAAUUAAAAAAAAGAGGAGAAAAAUAGUUGAA